AUGCAUCGACUUCGACAUUACUUUGUUCCUGGCACCAAGCAUGAUCUCUCCGCUAGCAGCGGCGGAAAGGGGGCGGCCAGCACGACGGGCGCGGGGCGCGACGGUGCGGAGUCGAUUGCGGAGUGGCGGCGCCGAUCAGCGGAAGCGGGCGCACACUUCUUCCCCCUGCAGCGCGCGGAAGACGCCCCCAGCAGGGACGAGCUGCACCGGCGGAUCCUCGGAGGCGUAGGGGGCGGAUUGAAGGGCAAAGGGAAGUCACAAAGGGCAGCGAAGGCGACGGAGUAUCUGCCGGUGCUGCAGUACGACAGCACGCUGCUCUCAACGGCCAACGGCACCCUGGGCAACACCAUGGUCAACUACAGCACCUACCUCAACGACACGAUCCGCCUCCCCGUGUACCCGUACUACGUGAAUCUCAAGCUGGGGUCGCAGAAGCAGGAGUUCAGCAUGGCGCUCAACGUGCAGCUGCGCCACACCUUCGUGCCCUGCGACUGCCUGCACUGCGGCACCUCGCGCAAGGGGACGGCCAACAGCAAGCCCUUCAGCACGCUCUCCUCCACAUCCCUACAAUACAUCUCCUGUGUCGACCAGCGCUGCCAGGGGGGCGUUGAAUCCGGCUACUACGGCUGCAACACAGAAGGGCUCCCCAACUCCCUCAACCUCACGGACAUGCUGCCUGGGGACGACGCUCUCUGUGUGUUCGAUGUGUACGCAGAGAGUUAUGAUUACUAUGAAGCUGACACUGUCGCGGAUUCGUUUCUUGAGUCAGCGGGGCAUGUGGUGGAGGACACCGUCUACCUCACUGCACCUGAUGGUACCGAAGCCCACCGAUACAUCAUUUUUGGCUGUGGCGUGAACCAGUUGGGUUACUGGGGAAUGCAGGGGAGGUCGACUGGCUCGUGGACGGCAGGCGGUGUGCUGGGGCUGGCGCAGGGCAGUCCCUUCCUGGAGCAGCUCACUGGUGGCGCCAACUCCUUCGCCGUGUGCUUGGACGAGCCCACCCCCACGAACAAGACCACCUGGGAUGGCAAGAUGCAGCAGCACACGGGCAGCAGCCACCUCACCAUCGGUGCCGUCGGCCUCCCUGCAGGCGCUAGCUACUCGACUGUGUCAUAUCCGACCGGCCUGCCCUACAGCCACAUCACACUCACCACAGCCACGCGCACCCUCAACAUAACAGACGAUCCAGCCAACAUAAACCUCAACAAAACAUCUUACAUGCCUGCGGAUGCUUCCGAGGACGACGUUCCGGGCUUCUUCUUCCUGCCCGAGUCCUUCGUGCAUCUCAUCCGUCUCCCUCUCUUCAUAAGCCUCUGGUCUGCUCUCCAAAACAUGACAGGGAAUGAACUUGCGUUUCCUGUACUUGAAAAUGACGAGUUUCGGCUUUUAUGCUUCGAGAACAAGAACAAGGCGGUGGAUCCGUUCACCACCUUCCCCACCAUCGACAUUGCUUUCCUCUCUCCUGACGACAGCAGCGCCUCCUCCCACUUCUAUCUUGAGCCUCACGAGUACCUCGCCCAGGUUUCGGCUUCUCGAUACUGCGUCUUGGUCACCUAUUUGAAUCCAAAGAAUAACUACGCCAGUUACAUUGGAGGUAAUGGGUUGGGCUCAUCCGCGCUCUGUUCUCUGGCUUCCCUUUCACCAGCACCUUCCUUCCCCUUUCCCCACCGACCUUCUGCCCAUGCAUACUCUCCUGCCUCUCUCUCCUCUUGCCACUCCACGCAAUGUGCUGUGCUGCUCAUCCUCUGCCAUCCACCCAUCACUCCUCACAACACGCCUACCAACGCCCAUAGACCCAGCCGGGGCUGUUCAACAAAGUACCUCUUUUUCAACUACACCAACAACACUUUGGGAUGGCUUCAAGCUCCUCAAUGUGGAGCUGAGCCCAUAAUGCCUCCACCUCCCCCCUCUCCGCCUCCUUCGGGGAACACCCCUUCCAAGGGGGCCACACGCUCCCUCUCCCUGUUAACGGCUGCAGUGGUUGUCAUCGCCACUUCCACGGCUCUGCUUGCUCUGGCUCUUCUCUAG